CAAUACGGAUAAGAAAAGAGAAGUGUCGCAGAUCACUGACCGCUCAUCUUGUUGGCCUGCAAAGACUGCUAACUGUCUCGCAUGGCGACCUUUCCACUAGCUCCCCUUCCCUCCAUAAUCUCAAGUUCAUCUUAUUCGUCGGUAAGGUCCUUGCCUACGCGUGCACUCAGAGCCUCAGCCACUGAGCCUUCGGAUCCAAUUCUUGCGAGUCGCUCGUUGUACCCUCCUCGAAGAGAAUUCUUGAAAGGGAUUGCACUGCAAGCGCUUCCCCUUCUCUUACUGAAGGAUUCAUCCCCAUCACUCGCUAAAGAAGUUGAGGUUGGCUCCUACCUCCCACCCUCUCCUUCCGACCCAUCAUUUGUUCUCUUCAAAGCUUCUCCAAAAGAUACUCCCGCCCUUCGAGCAGGAAACGUGCAGCCUUAUCAGUUCAUCCUUCCUCCAACUUGGAAGCAGACACGCGUGGCAAAUAUAUUAUCAGGAAAUUACUGUCAGCCAAAAUGUGCAGAGCCGUGGGUUGAGGUUAAAUUUGAAGAUGACAAACAGGGGAAAGUUCAGGUGGUAGCUUCUCCUUUGAUACGCCUAACCAACAAGCCAAAUGCAUCCAUUGAAGACAUAGGGAGUCCUGAUAAAGUGAUUGCUUCCCUUGGCCCUUUUGUCACUGGAAACACAUUGGAUCCAGAUGAACUGCUUGAGACUUCUGUUGAAAAGCUCGCUGAUCAAACGUACUACAAAUAUGUGCUUGAAACUCCAUAUGCACUCACGGGGACACACAAUCUUGCAAAAGCAACAGCAAAGGGAAACACCGUUGUUUUGUUCGUGGCUAGUGCUAAUGAUAAGCAGUGGCCAACUUCUCAGAAGACUCUCAAAGCCAUGCUUGAUUCCUUUCAAGUGUAGUUCUCUCUGUCAAAGGUAAUGAAUGGAUUUUUACCAUCAUUUACUUGCAUUUUUUAUUAGUUUUGUACAACAUUGUUGAGCAAGAGACUGAGGAUCUCCCCCGUGGGAACAUUUUUGCCAUUUUCAGGUUGAAACCCAUAUAUUUUAUGUUAAAACACUCCGAUAUUCCUUCUUUGUACAUAUCUUUUUAUGAGUUAAUGACCUAUGUUGGGACUUUCUUGUUA